ACAAACUCCUCCCAGAAUGCAGGUGAGGUGGGGCGCUGACUGACCGGAGUAGAGUGUUCUUCUCUGGCGAAGGAAGUAUCGCUCCUUGGGAAAAGACAGCUUGCAAGAAGUAGACGGUACGAUGGCAGAACACGAGAGUUUGGAGUUUGGGAAGGCCGAUUUUGUGCUGCUGGACACGGUCUCCACACCGGAAUUCAUGGCCAACCUCAAACUCAGGUUUGAGAAGGGCCGGAUCUAUACCUACAUCGGGGAGGUGGUGGUGUCAGUUAACCCUUACCGCUCCAUGAACAUCUACGGCCGGGACACCAUUGAGCAGUACAAGGACAGGGAGCUGUACGAGCGCCCCCCCCACCUAUUUGCCAUUGCGGACGCGGCUUACAAGGCCAUGAAGAGGAGGAAUAAGGACAACUGCAUUGUCAUCUCAGGGGAGAGUGGAGCCGGGAAGACAGAAGCCAGUAAAUACAUUAUGCAGUACAUCGCAGCCAUCACCAACCCUGGACAGAGAGCCGAGGUUGAGAGGGUAAAGAACAUGCUGCUGAAAUCAAACUGCGUCCUUGAAGCGUUCGGGAACGCCAAGACCAACCGCAAUGACAACUCCAGCCGAUUCGGCAAGUACAUGGACAUCAACUUCGACUUCAAGGGGGAUCCCAUUGGGGGCCACAUCAGCAACUACCUGCUUGAGAAGUCCAGGGUAAUCGUCCAGCAGUCAGGGGAGAGAAGCUUCCACUCCUUCUACCAGCUUGUGUUGGGUGGCCCUGAACAACUUCUGCGAUCCCUGCACAUUCAAAAGGACCCAGCUGCCUAUAACUAUAUCAAAGUGGGCAGGCAAGUCAAGUCGUCCAUCAAUGAUGCUGCUGAUUUCAAGGCCGUGGCUGAUGCCAUGAAGGUGAUUGGCUUUGCCCCAGAGGAGAUCCAGACUGUCUACAAAAUCCUGGCGACUAUCCUGCACCUUGGCAACAUGAAGUUUGCCAGCGACGGGGACGUCACUCUCAUUGAGAAUGGGAAGCUGGUGUCUGUUCUGGGUGAGCUGCUGUCCACAAAGCAGGAGAAUGUGGAGAAGGCUUUGCUGUACCGCACCGUGUCAACGGGCCGCGACGUCAUUGACAAGCAGCACACCGAGCAGGAGGCCAGCUACGGGCGUGAUGCCCUCGCCAAGGCAAUUUACGAGCGUCUUUUCUGUUGGAUUGUGGGAAGGAUCAAUGACAUAAUUGAGGUGAAGAACUAUGAUGCAAAGGUUCAUGGGAAGAACACAGUGAUUGGCGUCUUGGACAUCUAUGGGUUUGAGAUCUUCCAGAACAACAGCUUUGAGCAGUUCUGCAUCAAUUACUGCAAUGAGAAGCUGCAGCAACUCUUCAUCCAGCUGGUGCUGAGGCAGGAGCAGGAGGAGUACCAGCGUGAGGGCAUCCCCUGGAAACACAUUGAUUACUUCAACAACCAGAUAAUCGUGGACCUGGUGGAGCAGCAGCACAAGGGCAUCUUUGCCAUCCUGGACGAGGCGUGCAUGAACGUGGGCAAGGUGACCGACGAGAUGUUCUUGCAGGCGCUCAACAGCAAGCUGGCCAAGCAUGCUCACUACUCCAGCCGCAAGCUCUGUCCUACCGAUAAAAGCCUGGAGUUUGACCGUGACUUCCGGAUCCGACACUAUGCUGGCAAUGUUGUCUAUUCAGUCGUGAGCUUUAUCGAUAAGAAUAAGGACACCCUGUUCCAAGAUUUCAAACGCCUGCUCUACAACAGCUCGAACCCGGUACUGAAGGCCAUGUGGCCAGAGGGCAAGCUCAGUAUCACAGAAGUGACGAAGCGACCUUUGACCGCGGCCACUCUCUUCAAGAACUCCAUGAUCUCACUCGUGGAGAACCUGUCCUCCAAGGAGCCCUACUAUGUUCGCUGUAUCAAACCCAAUGAUAUGAAGUCUCCGCUGCUGUUUGAGGACGAACGCUGCCGUCACCAGGUGGAGUACCUGGGCUUGCUGGAGAACGUGAGAGUGCGUCGAGCUGGCUUCGCUUACAGGCAGACCUAUGAGAGGUUCCUACAGAGGUACAAGAUGAUCUCGCAGUUCACAUGGCCCAACCACGACCUGCCGACGGACCGGGAGGCAGUGAUGAGGCUGGUGCAGGGCUGCGGCUUCGAGCAAGAUGUGGCCUAUGGCAAGACCAAGGUGUUCAUCCGCACCCCGCGCACCCUCUUCACUCUGGAGGAGCAGCGCGCUCAGAUGGUCCAGCGCAUCGUGAUCUUCCUGCAGAAGGUAUGGAGGGGUACCAUUGCCAGGCUGCAGUACCGGCGCAUGCGUGCCGCCCUCACCAUCAUCCGCUUUUACCGGCGCUACAAGGUCAAGUCCUACAUCCGCGAGGUCGCCCGGCGAUUCCACAAUGUCCUCGGCAUGAAAGACAAGGGGAAGCACGUCAAGUGGCCCACGCCACCCAAAGUGCUGCGCAAGUUUGAGGAGGCACUGCAGGGCAUUUAUAACAGGUGGAGGGCCAGCCAUCUGAUCCGCACCCUGCCGCCCGAGGACCUGCCGCAGGUCAGGGCGAAGGUCGCUGCCUUGGAGACGCUGAAGGGUCAUAGGGCAGACCUGGGGCUUCAGAGAGCCUGGGAGGGCAACUACCUGAAGCGUGACAAGCCUGAGGCAGUCUCCUCCUUUACACUGGUGUCCAGUGAGCUGCAGCGGAAGGACAAGUUCAUGAGCGUGCUCUUCUCCUGCCAUGUGCGCAAGAUAAACCGCUUCAACAAGGCGGAGGACCGUGCGAUCCUCAUCACUGACCGGCACCUCUACAAGAUGGACCCGCUCAAGCAGUACAAACCCAUGAAAAGCAUUCCUCUCUACAACGUGACCGGAGUGAGUGUGUCCCCAGGGAAGGACCAGCUUGUGGCGUUCCACACCAAGGACAGUCGUGACCUUAUUGCCUGCCUGCAAGGCAUGGUGCCCCCUAGUGAGAGCCGCGUCGGAGAACUGGUGGGAGUCCUGGCCAGCCAUUUCAAGAGUGAGAAACGCAAACUGCAGGUAAGCACUGUCAGCCCCAUCCAGUGCAGCAUGCACGGCAAGAAGUGCACCAUCGUCGUGGAGACCAAGAUCAACCAAUCACAGCCGGACUUCACCAAGAGUCGCUCCGGGUACAUCCUGUCUGUCCCAGGAAACUGAAGAGCAUCACCAGGGUGACGGAGGGGCGGGGGUUAGGAAAUGUUUUCAGGCUUCCCAUGUUGAUUAUAUAAGACAUAGAGUAACAUAUUUAAUGUAAGUUGUGUUAACAGGGUGAUUAUAAAGUCACUUGGCCACCCAACCUUUGUGAAAGAAACAUUGCAGAGCAAGUAAACUUGGCAGGAGGCGAUGGAAGGGCUGUAACACAAGUCAUAUGCACCAUGUAGCUCAUGCCUGCAGAGAGCUUGUUAAUGUUCUUAAUGUGGGCAUCAUUCCUUCUGAAACUGUACUAAGAACAGCAGAGUGCUGAAUAUUCACAGGGACACGCCCCUCUGAUGGAUGACAUCCUUCCGAUCCGCCAGGAAUGUAUAUUGCCAAGUGGUCUUUUAAUCACUGCAAUCGUGCAAAUAGGUACAUGUGGUUAGGAUGCAUUUCCACGCACAUGUGCUUGUGCAGAUAAACAACAACACAUAUAAGUAUAAGCCCAUUUGCCUAUCUGUGUGAUUCUAUGUUAUUAUGAGAGAGUUUCAGAUUAUAUAUAUAUAUAUAUAUAUAUAUAUAUAUAAGUGCUUUAAGGGCUUCUAUCUGGAACUGGGCAAACUACAGUGCAAUGUGUCCCCUAGCCAGCAUAUAAUUUGUCACAACAGUUUGGGACUGACAAAUUGCUGGUUUAUGACAGAAUACCAAACAAUAAUCAUUAAAACGUGUAAUUAUUGUCUUUGGAUGCACAGAAUCAAAACAGUAUUUGGGAAUCUCUUUGGAAACACAAGCAUUAGCUUUCUAUUCGGCAAAGUUAUUAUAAAUAAUCAAAAAUAGUCUGCACUGUAAAUGUUUAUCACGUUACCGUUUACUUCCCAUCUCAACAUAAUUGUGUGCCGUUUAAAACAUCAACAACAUUAACCUCAAGAUAAAAUGGUAAUAACCAACAAUGAUACACUUUCUAUUAAAGACAACAUAAAGUGAUACAAGUGGACUUUGUCGCUUUGUACUUUCUCUUGACUCUUGUUCCCUUUCAAGCACGAAAUAUAACCAUUACCAAAUGAUUAUUUACCUUAUAAAGCCUUGAAACCUGAAUAUUGAUAUACCAAAACUGCUCAACGAGCCUGUGAAGCAGUCAUGCCCCGCCCCCGAGGGUACAUAAGGACGGCGCUCACACAUCUCUGCGACAUGUUUCCUUUCAAGACACACCUGACCAGAGAGCCUGGUUCAGAUAAGUACAUUGUUGCUUAUAUCUGUAUAUAUUUGGCAUUUAUUGUGUUUUCUACAGAAAUUAUCAGUGAUAUUUAACCAAUCGCUGUAAUAGGUUUUACUACGCGUUUUGUGUACACUGCCGCCUGUUGCUUGUCACAUCCCACUGCAGCCUUGUGCCCUGCGUGAAGCCAGCGGCUUGAGUCGCUCCUUCACAGGGAUCCAGCAACGGCUGACUUUGUGCUCCACCCCCAGGCUACAUAGCUCCUGCUGGAGCUUAUGUGAAUUCUUGUUUUUGCUUUUUAGCACCAUACGAGACGUUUUUUUUAUUAUUUAUGUAAUUGUUUAAUUACUGUGUUUUGUUUAGAAAUUGUUUACUCUUUGUGUGCUUCCAGUUUUUGGGCCAUGCCAUGCGCAGAACCAAGAUACCAUAUUGGUGACAGCUUUUUAGCAUCUCCAUUGCGAAGGCUGUUAGUCCAACUGUCCAAGUGGAUAGCAGACACGGUCAGGACUGCCCAUGAGCUGACCAACUUGCCCAUUCCACCAGGGGCAUGGCAACUUAAUGUUGUGGAUCCUCAAAACCCUGGUUUUGGAACUAGAGUGUUAAGGGCGGCUUCUCAGUCGACCCUUACAACAUAGGCGUAGAGGUGGUUUUCAACCUCAGGUUUUUUCACCCUAGCUACUGGUUAUUGGGGUUCAGUUUGGUAAAGCACAGGGCAGCCUCUCGGCUUAGCCUCGUAGCAUUCCAGUCGUUCUGCAAUCUUGCUUUUGCGACUGCUUUGGAACACUCACACGGUAAUGGUUACAUUUCGUACUUGAAAGGGAACGUUACGUUAAUAACCCUGGUUCCCUGAAACAGAAAUGUAACCAUUAACCUUCAAGGUCACUGCACCCACAAUUGCAGCAGGCUUGGGGCAUGACUGCGCCACAGGCUCAUCGAUCAGCUCUGGUAUAUCAAUAUUCAGGCUUUAGGAGGUAAAUACCCAUACAGUAAUGGUUACAUUUCUAUUUCAGGGGAUCAGGGUUAUGAUAGUAACCUAAUGUUUUCUUACUUUUGUUUUUCUUUUGCAAGUAAGAAAUGUAUCCACUUGAGAAACGAUACACAGGAUCAUUUGGAUGUACUCAUUGAAAACAAAUUCAACCAGUUGCUAUUGCUGUAACAAAAAAUGCAGCGACUAAUAAAUAAAACAAAAAAGGUAAAAUGUAUACUUCUGCAAAAUUCAUGAGCAGCUCAGAACGCUCUGACAGAGCUCUCCAUAGCAGAAUCUCCGGACGCCUGCUUCACCCACCAUAAAAUACCAUAAAAUAAUAAAAUCAAGUGUAAAUCCGCUCAAUCGAAAUCACGCAUGCGUACAGGUGGAUGAUAAUUUUGAAAGUAUACUGUAGUUGCCUUUGAGCUGCUAAACAAAUAAAUAUUAAUGCACAGUAGUUUAGAGAUGAUAUAUAAUACUGUCAAAAAAAUGAAUUUAAGAUCAUUAUUUUCUUUCACUUUCAUUUUUAUUUUUGCAUUUCUUAGUCAUCCUGUGUACCCCCUAUACCUCUUGAAGUACUCCAGGGGUACGCGAACCCCCGGUUGAAAACCCCUGAUCCAGCGUGCCAAUUAAAGUGAUCCAAAUGAAUUUUAAACAACAGUUAUGGUAAAUGAAAGGUGCCAUAUUCAACAUUUUCAUUAUUUCAUUACAUAAUCACAAAAAAGCAUUAUCUGACAUGCCAUACAAAAACAUACAAUUCUGGCAGUCACAUACCAGGGCAUGUCAGUAAAGUGGGUGUAUGUUGUGGUUUUCAUAACAAGCUAAAGACAACCAGAUGAUUUUCCUUUGGGGAUACAGACCAGUAGGUGGAAUGGUCAGUUUUAUAACAGAAGCAGGAAAUCGCAUUGUGUUCUUCACCAGAGCAGUCUUGGUUUCCAUCAUUCCAGUGCAGCAAACCAAAUCAGUACAGUAUUGAACAGAGGAAUCUGCUUUGAGUUUUAAUACACACACCAAUUACAGGAGCUACAGUGUAACAUGAAAAUGACAUGUUGCCUUUUCUGAUUCACUGUGUGCCAAAUUGAAUCCAUGAAAACUCAGAUCAAGCACGGCUGUUCUGUGAUUGUUUGAAGAAUGCUUUUAAAAAGUGGUCUUUUAUGUAGAGAAGUUACAUAAAAGUAACCAAGUGCUUUGAGUUACUUCUCAAGCUCAGUUAUAAAAUAAGCAAACCAGGCUCCGAACUUGCAGGCCAAGCCACAAGCUCUCCUGAGGAAAUGCCAUGUGCAGCACACACUUUUGUGUAACUGGGCUGUCAUUUACAUAGCGUAUUCAUUUGUUGUAUCCCUGACAUGUAUUCUCCCUGUUGCAAGUCUUAGUUUUAGUUUUAGUCCCAGCUUGCAAUGUGUCAGGCUUCAAGAUGCCUCUGUUUGCUAUUUGUAUUCAUGACUGAAAAACUUAAUGAUGAUUCACAUGGGACAGCCUCAGAAGUGAUGACUGUUUUCUAUUCUGGAGAAUAACAUAAUUUGCAGCAGGUUUCAAUCCCCAGAUUCCCCAAAGGAACCAUUUGGGAAUGGUCAGGUAUCCCUUGGAGACAGUGUUCAAACACUGUGUCAGAAAUGUUCUGGUGUUCUGUGUCCACUUUCCUGAUAUAUCGCGGUCCUGGAGUUAGCUCCCCAUUUUUACAGUCUAACUGCGCAUGCAUUUGCUGCAAUAUACAUAGGCAAUGUCACUUAGAAUUACUGUUGGUUUUAUUUCGUACUGUACAUCACAAACAAAAAUAUACAAAACAAUUAAAAAUGAAGCAUUAAUAUCAUACUGUUAUAUACACAUGCGUUGCACAACAACACAAAGCAAAUUAAAUAUCUGUGCUGAAGCAGUUUUUAUUUUAGCCAAUGAGGUGUUCACUUGUGGCAGCAAUGCACUAGCAAAAGUCACAGGGCAGUGACGUCAGCUCCCUAGCAACAAGCCUCCUAUGUUGGCAAUGGAUUCUUUCAAUGCAGUGGGUUUGUGAGGAGAGGAAGACUCAUGAAAUUAAUUGGAGACAUAAGUUGAUGAGAAGCAAUUACCCUCCACAGUACAAAUUAAAACGGUGUGCUGCUUUUUAUAUGAAAAGUGAGAAAAAGAGAGUUGUGUACACACACACUGACACACACACAUGUGUUAUACUGGACCCUGACGUCCCCGAUAAAACGAGGCAGUGGUUGUACAGUAUUUGUUAGCCUAUUUGUCUUUCUGUGGGUCUCUCGCUAUAUCACGGAUUAAUACUGGACCCCGAUACCCGUGAUAUAUCGAGUGGGUAGUGUAAUUAAGAGGUGAAUAACUGCAGCAUUCUUUUCUGGUGGUUGCACUAAGGUUGUAAAGUGCUUGGUAUCAUGUGUUGCUCAAAAGCACAAGAAGUCUGUAGAAUCUCAUAGGGGUCCUAUAGUGGUGGCUGAGCCAUGACCUCUGCUGUGUUCAUUCAGGUUUCUCCUUGAGAAAAUCUGCUUUUCACAGCUUCCCUCUUAAUCAUUAAAACUAAAACCAUAAGCUCUAAACAGAGCUGUUCUGAAGAAACCCUCUCAAUAAAUAUUAAAAUAUUGUUUUUGUCAUGAACAGGAACAGAGAGGGCCCCCACAUUGUAAUGUUUGCACUUCCUGCCUUUUGUCUUGUCAAAGUGCCUCAAUGUCCCAAAGUGACUCUGAGAUUGACUCCUAGCAAAGCAGGCAGGGUGUCCUACCCGGGGGGCCACAGUAGGAGCCUGUGACAUGUCUAUUGCAUUAAUGGUUGUUGUAUGUAAUCAUUGUGUGCUCAUUUACUCACUGGCUAUACACAAGGGACAUAUGUAUAUGUAUUUACACUAGUAAGUGUAAAGUGCCUGAAUAUAUUUUAUGUAUAAUAUAAUGUAUGUUAUGGAAGACUUUUCAUUUAACCAAAUGUGGGAUAAUGAUUACCCUUUUUUAAUUAACAAUUUAAAACCUGGGGUUUUGCAAUAGAUUAUUAUUAUUGUUAUUAUUAUUAUUAUUAUUAUUAUUAUUAAUUUGAUUACAUUAUUUUUAGAAUGGUGCAGUGUCCUUAUUAAUGGACUGAAACCAUUUUUCUGUUGAACAGAAAAUGUUUGUCAUGUUUCCAUUAGGACCCCUGGACCACAUUUAUUAAAUGUGUGAUUAUAUUAUCCAUAACUGUAAAAUACUCAAUCGUAAAAUACAUAGAAAAAACAGUAGUUUAGAUCAGGGGUGGCGAUACAGUUUAAGAUGAUUCAAGUAUCCCAUUCUUCAAUAGUAUUUUGUUUAAGCUAUGUUAAUGUUGAUUAUCGCUCAAUUAAGCAAUAAAGAUGAGAAGCAAAGGUA